UAAUGCAGUGCAGUCACAGGGCGAUGAAGAGGUCCAGCACUGUGCCUCCGUGUUAUUGAGCAUCAGUGUAGCUUUCUUUAACCCAGACAAGGAUUUACACACCAUCAAGAGAUAGGAAAUAAUGACAAUAUACUUCUGGGUGCGGCUUAUGCGCGAGAAAAGCCCUUCGUUCUCACGGAGGUCGAGUGCAUUUUUGUCUUUUGUAUUUCCUUGAUGAAUGUCGUGGACAUUUUGGAUUUUUAAAUGUUGUGUCUUGUAAAAACUUGCAAUUUGUGGAACCUCUUUGCUCCAAAUACGCCGUUGGAUCGUACUGUACGCAGUAUUUGGGAGACUUACGUUUAUGGAUCUAACAGCAGAGUCCAGCGUUUAUCAAUCUGAGAAGAGCGGCCGUGGAGAAUGUGCGUAAUGGGCCAGCUUCAAACGGCUACAUCAGCUAGCGGCUAACAUAGCACCAACUCAAACUUCAGUAAAUACAUAUACCUCUCACAGAAACAGCAUCCGGAUAGUCCCUAGACGCACUUAAGGGAGCCCAGCUUAUUUUUCAUCAACCCCAGAAGCAAAGUGAUCACUGUGGUGGAUCCAUCCUUCAUCGUAAUCUUUUGGGAUCCAGGCUCUUGAGUCCUAGAUGACAAGUGCCUGAGUAUGUCCAAGAGGAGCUUGUUUGUGCGGCUGGUGCCGUGCCGCUGCUUGCGGGGUGAGGAGGAGACGAUAACAUCGCUGGACUACUCUCACUGCAGCCUGGAAACUGUUCCUAAGGAGAUUUUUAGCUUUGAAAAGACCUUGCAGGAACUCUACCUCGAUGCUAACCAGAUCGAGGAGCUGCCCAAACAACUGUUUAACUGCCAGCUACUCCAUCGACUGAGCCUGCCAGAUAAUGACCUAACAGUGUUGCCAGCUGGAAUAGCAAACCUCAUCAAUCUCAGGGAGCUCGACGUCAGCAAAAACAGUAUACAGGAGUUUCCAGAGAACAUAAAAAAUUGCAAAGUCCUAACUGUUGUGGAAGCUAGUGUGAACCCAAUAUCAAAGCUCCCAGAAGGUUUCACCCAACUCCUGAGUCUGACGCAGCUCUACCUGAAUGAUGCCUUUCUGGAGUUCUUACCAGCUAGCUUUGGCAGGCUGACCAAACUUCAAAUCCUUGAACUGAGAGAAAAUCAAUUAAAGAUGUUGCCAAAAAGCAUGCAGAAACUCACACAGCUGGAGAGGCUUGACCUGGGAAGCAAUGAAUUCACUGAAGUGCCUGAAGUGUUAGAGCAGCUGACUUCAAUCAAGGAGCUUUGGAUGGAUGGAAAUAGACUGACAUUUUUACCUGGGAUGCUGGGAAUGCUGAAACAACUGACAUAUCUCGAUGUGUCCAAGAAUAACAUAGAAAUGGUUGAUGAGCAAAUUUCUGGGUGUGAGAAUCUGCAGGACCUCCUCAUUUCCAAUAAUGCCCUUGUCCAACUUCCAGGAUCCAUUGGCUCACUAAAGAAAUUAACUGCAUUGAAAGUGGAUGAGAACCAGCUCGUGCAACUACCAGACUCUGUUGGAGGGAUGGUGGCCCUGGAAGAACUAGACUGCAGUUUUAAUGAGAUUGAAGCCUUGCCCUCCUCCAUUGGCCAGUGUGUUGGCAUUCGCACCUUUGCUGCUGAUCACAACUUCCUGAGUCAGCUUCCUCCUGAGAUGGGAAACUGGAAGAAUGCAACAGUACUGUUUCUCCAUUCAAACAAAUUGGAGUGUUUGCCAGAGGAGAUGGGUGACAUGCAGAGGCUGAAGGUCAUUAAUCUUAGUAACAACAAGUUAAAAAAUCUUCCCUAUAGUUUCACUAAACUGAACCAGAUGACUGCUAUGUGGCUCUCUGAAAAUCAGUCAAAGGCCUUGAUUCCACUUCAGAAAGAAGAGGAUCCAGAGACGCACAAGACUGUCCUGACAAACUACAUGUUUCCGCAGCAGACCAAGGCUGAGGAUUACAUUCCUAACUCUGAUUCUGAGAGCUUCAAUCCUGCUCUCUGGGAAGAGCAACGCAAGCAUCGAGCUCAGGUGGCAUUUGAGUGUGACGAGGAUAAGGAUGAGAGAGAAACUCCACCACGGGAGGGAAACUUGAAACGCUACCCUACACCCUAUCCAGACGAGCUGAAGAACAUGGUGAAGACUGCUCAAUCUGUGGCACACCGACUUAAAGAGGAGGAAUCAAGUGACAAUUGUAUGAAAGAGGCUAAACAUGUGGAGAGGAACCAUAUAGGACUGCAGGACGUGGGCGUUAAGGUGAUUGAGGCUCCGUGUCCGAAUGGUAUGACUGCAGAGCAAGAACAAACAUCAAAUACAGAUGCAUCUACACCAGAGUCUCAGGACAAUUCAGAAUCGUAUACAUCCUAUAAAGGUCAAUUUAAAUCUUCUGAGGCUUCAUUGACAAACCAUGAAGACACUCUGGAGGAUUCUGAGGAGCUUUUUGAUGAAGAGGAGAUGAAAAUAGCAGAGAUGAGACCCCCACUUAUUGAAAUUUCUCUAAACCAACCGAAAGUGGUAACAUUAAGUAAAGAUAAGAAAGAUGACUCCAGGGAUGCUGACUCCUUGCUGGAUGACACAGUUGCUAACAGUAACCAGAACAACAGUAAUUGCUCAUCACCUUCACGCAUGUCGGACUCUGUCUCUCUGACCACAGACAGCAGUCAGGACAACUCUCUUUGCACACCGGAAAGAGAAGCUAAGAUGGCCUUUCUACCAAAACUGAGGGAAGAUGAGAACAUGAACCAACCAACAGAAACUACUCCAUUUCUCCAUAAUGGCAACGGCUCUGAAACUUCCCUCCCAGCCCUAUUAAAAACUCAGUCAACCCAGCCACAGAAAGCAGGAGAUUACGAUCUGUCUGUGGAAGCGAGACUCACUAUUAUUGAGAAGGAGAUGGAUAAUGGCCUGAGGGACUCGUACAACAAGUGGGACCAGAUCAAUAUGAAUAUCUCCACCACUAAUAACAUGGUUAAACUGGAUGAGUUAGAAACAGGCAGGAAUGGUCACGUGCAAGAUGAUUUUAAUAUGCAUGGAUCUAGAAAUAACAACAUGGACUUUUUACAGAAUGGAAACCAGCAGGUCAUUGACUUGAGAGCUGAUACAGGUGUGGCAGUCAGCAGUGAUUUGUCUCGCAGCACUGAGGAGCUGUCCCCAGAAAAGCACUGCUACCCUCCACAGGUUAUGAAGUCCCACAGUAUCAGUAACAUAGAGGCAGGUGGCAUGAAGCUUUACUCCUUUGAUGGAGAUGGAGACCACCAUGACGGCCCCACUGUGAGCAGGGGGCCAGGGGUGAGCUCCGGGGCACAGGGUCAGAGCAUAGUGAGGAGUAAGUCUGCCUCAUUACUGAAUGAUCAGUCUCUCCAGAUCUAUCCCAACACUUCAGUGUCCUCCUCAGACCUGCUGUCUUCAUCCAAACCCUGUGCCAGCUCCAGCAGGUACCCUGUGUCUUCCAGCAUGACUAUGGGUGCCCCCCCUCCUCAGUACAAUGUGCAGUAUACGAGCAGUGCUGUGCCAAAAGACGGCAUGUGGGGUCAAAGGCAACCCAAUGCCCCAGGUAUGCCUACAGAGCAUCAAGGCUAUCUACCUCCCCCGCCUCAUUCUUUAGCCAACACAAACUACUCCAAUCGCAAUCAGGUGCCUCCCUAUCCUCUGCAGCCCCAGCACAAGGCACCCCCCAUGGCCUCCAAACUCCCCGGGGACAUGUGGUCCAAAGACAGACUUCCAGCUACAGUUGGACAGCCAAGAAGCAACACACUCCAACGGCAAAGUAGCAGUGCUUCUACUCUGUCCACAGGAGAGCCCAGACGUAUACAGCUGCCUGAAGGGGACUACAUGACCUACAGAGACAUUCACACCACAUUUGCCAGGGGUCCUCUGGCAAUGAGCCAUGCCAUGCAGAGACCCCUCUCCGCCCGCACUUACAGCAUAGAUGUACCUGGAGGUGCGAGACCAUAUAGUGCCCGACCGCAGCUUCAUGAGCUUCCAGAGAGGACCAUGUCCGUGAGCGACUUCAACUAUCAGCACAGCAGCCCCAGCAAAGGGCCCAGCACCCGAGUCAAGUCUGAGCACUCUCUUCUGGAUGGACCAGUGACUGGACCAGGCCGAGUUCCAGUGGACUGGAGGGAUCAAGUGAUGCGGCAUAUUGAAGCCAAGAAAAUGGAAAAGAGCAUGCUGUCUCGCUCCUAUAAUUCCCAUAAUGCUCCACUGAGCUCGUCUCACUACAACAGCUGUAGGGAUUUGCAUGCGAGCCAAGGUUCUCUGGUCUUUAGUGCCAGAGACGGACACCCCUACACAGCUCUGGGCCCAUGUGAUGAAGUGUUUGUUCCCCAAGGUCAGCAGAGCUUCACCAUGGACCCUCACAGAAAAGUGCCUUUGAUAAAUGGUCAAGUGGGGCCCCCUGGUCGUCCUCAGAUGAGCCAGUCGACAGUGGCCCGCCACCCUUCACGAGAGCAGCUCAUUGAUUUCUUAAUGCUCAAAGUUUCACACCAGCCACAAGGACACCCACGUAUUCCCCACGAGACUUUGCACCAAGAGUUUCAUGUGAAAGUAGAGAAGAAUCCAGAGCUUGGGUUCAGCAUAUCCGGAGGAGUAGGUGGUCGAGGAAACCCAUUUCGUCCGGAUGACAAUGGUAUUUUUGUAACAAGGGUUCAACCAGAAGGACCUGCUUCCAAGAUUCUUCAGCCAGGGGAUAAAAUACUCCAGGCAAAUGGCUACAGCUUUGUGAACAUUGACCAUGGAAAUGCUGUGUCCCUGCUGAAGACUUUUCCAAACACUGUGGAAUUGACUAUUGUCAGAGAGAUGCAAGCAUAGACUUAACCACAUUUAACAUGGAGAAGAGACAAUAAUGUGGCAUCAAUAUUUUUAUACAUUUAACAACCUGGUUCGAGAUACUUUGAACUAUUUAUAGUAGCUUUUAAGAGCCUAGAUUUGAUGGGAGAACCACUGGAUGCAGUGGAUACAGUGAGACGGAGAUGGACACUGCAAGUAUAAGAUCUUAAAGGCCAUCACUGUGGUAUAUAUAUAUUGAUAUUUUUUUAAACAAAUAAUAGAUAAAAUAUGAACAGAUGAAAUGCAAAUUGUUACUGUGGUCUCUGUACAGACAUAUCUUUUGCUCUAAUUUUCACCCCAUCUUUGCAAGAUUUUAACUUUCAAAUGGACUACAAUUAAAUCUGACCACUAGAGGGCAGGGUCCCCUCAUUUUAGUUAACUUGGACACUUUUUGACUUUUUAAUUUAACAAUGACAUUGUUUGGUUGGCUACACAAUAAUCAGCAAAGGACAGUGUUAUGUGCAUUUCAUGUGAAAUCGAAUGUAGAUCAAGGUGGUGUUGGGAGAUUGUGACAAGAAAUCAUCCACCUUUAUCAUCUAAUCUGUGAUCACUUCUGGUCCUCGGUGAAUCCUCAUUAUCUGCACAAAGUCUGCUGGACCUCCUUUCUGGGUGUUAGAGUGUAUGGACAGAAUUAAUCAGAAAAUACCUGAAACUUGAUACAAAAAGUGCAAGAGGAGUAUCCUGUAUGUGAUCUAUUACAAAGACAAGAACAAUGGGAUGGAAUUGAAAUAUCUGAAAUCCGGGAGAUGUUUUGUUUCGUUUGUCUGGCCUCAUUUUAGUUUUGUCAGAUGUUUUAUUUUCAUUAGAUAAAAUGUGGCGGUUAUGCUAGUUAACCAAAGCAAGAUAGGAAAUUAUGAAAAAAACCUGCCUAUGUAUGAGAUUACAGCAGAAAGAACAAGCCACGUUGUUUCAUAAGGGCUUCAUCUUUCAGACAGUGGCUAUAGAUCUUUGUUGGUAUACUUUUUUUUUUUUUUUUUUAAACAUCUAACAUAAUUUUUUUUUCAUAGGAGAUGACCACAUUCUGCCUUUUAUGUAUCUUUUACUCAUCACUUUAAAGCACUGUUGUAGUUAUUUUUGUUUUGUUGUUUUGCUGUACAGAGAAACGGAGAGUGGGAUAACAAAGAGUAAGUGCCAUAGACCUUGAACUGUUUGAAAAGGGGGUGCUGAUGAACCCCAGAAAUCAGCAAUACUCACAUUUCAUACACAUUUCCCAGCACUGGUUUAAAAGCAAUAUGUAAAGUCUUUUUAUUAUUACCAUUCACACAUACAAUCGCAUUUUGAAAACACAACAUUUUAUUAAGACCUGAUUUUAAAUGUGUUUUUAAUCCUUUUGCAAUGACAUAGCACUGACGAUGUUUGACAAAGUGCUAAAAGAUAUGAUAAUGUGCAUUGUGUUAAAGUGAAUGUUUGGGUCACUUUUCCCUGUGCGGUUCACUGCUGCGACUAAACCGUGAGGGAUAACCACAUCUGUUUUAAAGGUGAUAUUAAGUCCAUUUGAUGUGAUUUUUUUAUAA